CUCGCUCACAUUUUCGACGCGAUUCGAUGCGUGCUCCGCUUUUUUUUUUUCUCGCCUUUUGAUCGAUUGGCGAUGGCAGCGCUCCAAUGUAGACGCUUGAGGUAGGCUUCUAGGGACGAGAGAAGUUUGUAUGGAUCCGCAGAAUAAGUACGCCCGGUACACUAACGAGCAGCUGGAGAUCUUGGAGCUUGUUUACAAUGAGUGCCCCAAGCCCAGCUCUCUGCGCCGCCAGCAGCUCAUGAAAGAAGCUCCCAUUCUCGCAAACAUCGCCCCCAAGCAGCUCAAAGUUUGGUUCCAAAACCGGCGAUGUCGAGAGAAGCAAAGGAAGGAAACCAGCCGCCUCCACGGUCUCAACUCCAAGCUCACUGCUUUGAACAAGAUCCUUGUGGAGAACAAUGACCACCUUGCGAAGCAAUCCACGCAGCUUACACUGCAAAAGCACACGCUGAGGAAGCAUCUCUAUGGAGAUUGCAGCAGCCAGAGGCCGCCGAUGGAAGCAUCGCAAGUAGGAGGCGCUCUUGCUGCGGGGAGUUCCGAGAUUGCUGGAACCUCCGAACUUCCAAACAUACAGCAUCUUUCUCUCGACCAUGGUCCUGUCGGAUUAUCGGCAUUGGCAGAGCAGUCGCUGGCUGACUUUCUUGCGAAAGCCACAGGUACUGCUGUUGACUGGAUCCAGUUGCUCGGGAUGAAGCCUGGUCCUGAUUCUUUUGGCAUCGUAGCAAUUUCACACGGAUGUGAUGGUAUUGCAGCAAGAGCACUGGGUUUGGUUGCACUGGAGGCUACUCGAAUUGUGGAGGUUUUAAAAGAUAAGACCUCUUGGCUUUGGGACUGCCGACGCUCGGAUGUUAUCCAUAUAUGCUCUUCCGAGAAUGGAUCAACAAUGGAGAUUAUGCACACGCAGCUUUAUGCUCCGACGACGCUUGCUCCUCCUCGUGAUUUUUGCACCUUGAGAUUGACCACGUCCUUGGAAGAUGGAAACCUUGUGGUCUGUGAGCGCUCCAUAAGUGAUGCAGAAUGUCUAUCCUACGUUCCAUCCACGCAGUACUUUGUACGCGCGGAGAUGCUUACGAGUGGCUAUCUGGUUCGUCCUUGCGAAGGUGGGAGCUGCAUUGUACACAUUAUUGACCACUUGGAUCUAAAGCCUUCUAGUGUCUCUGAGGUUCUUACGCGUCCUUUGUAUAGGUCCUCGUCUCUCCUUGCACAGAGGAUGACUGUCAAGGCACUGCGCUUCUUAAAGCAUCUUGCUCAAGAGGAAAUUGGCGAAAUUGUUGUCGGUGGCGGUCAGCAGCCUUCCGUGCUGAGAUCUCUCAGCCGGCGCAUGGCAAGAGGCUUCAAUGACGCUGUAAAUGGAUUUCCAGACGAUGGAUGGUGCACUAUGGGUGGCGAUGGCUUGGACAAUGUAGCUGUCAGCUGCAAUGCCACGAUAAACUUUAGCCUUUCAAAGUUUCAGUCUGAUAGGUUGUCUAGUCUGGCUGGAGUAUUGUGUGCCAAGGCAUCCAUGCUUCUUCAGAAUGUUCAUCCUUCGUAUCUCAUACGAUUUUUAAGGGACCACCGGUCAGAGUGGGGAUGCAAUAUGGAUUUUUUCCAGCAGGAUGCUGCAUCCAGAAGUCAUGGGAAAAGGCAAGCACACGUUCCACUUUUUCACACAGCAAAGGAAGAUUUUUUGGAGGCAGUGAUUUUGGAAGGACAUUAUUCCGCAGAAGAUGGAACAAUACUUUCCAGGGAAAUUUAUCUGCUACAGUUAUGUAGUGGAAUUGAAGACGAAGACAUCGAUGGUUGCUCGCAACUCAUCUUUGCUCCAGUCGAUGCCAAUCUUUCCGAUGAUAUGCCGCUUCUGUCGUCAGGAUUCCGUGUCCUUCCUCUUUGCGAUGACAUGGACGACAUUGUCAAGCGUCAAUCCGAUUCCGAAGAGUUGAGAAGCGGCAAGCGAAAGAACCACAAGUUCGCCCGCUCCAUCCUAACCAUCGCAUUCCAGUUCAUGUACGAGGUUGGAACUCGUGACACCGUCGCAGAGAUGGCCCGCAAUUACAUCCGAAACGUUAUGGACUUUGUCCAACGCAUCACUCUCUCGCUCGCUGCGUCAUCUCUCGGAUCUUCCUCGGCUGACGCUCCCUUCGUGUCAUCCAAAGGAGCUUCGCUCAUCCAUCAGAUUCUACAAAGCUACAGUGUCAGUCAUGGAGUCGAUAUCAUACCUCGCAACUUCACUGACAAGGACGCUAUCGUGAUGCUCUUCUGGCACUACGCCGCAGCGAUUAUAUGCUGCUCUCUAAAGGCUACACCAGAAUUUGUGAUCGCCAACCAAGCUGGCCUACAAAUGCUGGAAACCAAAAUCGAAGAGCUUCAAACAGUAUCCUGGGAGAGGACUAUCGGCUAUGGUCUCGACAGCGAGCUAGCAAAACUACUCCGGGAGGAAAAUGGCGAGCUUCCAGAGGGAAUCGCUCAAACGAGCAAGGGAAAAAGAGUGUGCUACGAGCGUGGACUAGUGUGGAGAGUGGACGAGCAGCACUUGGCUCUCAUGUUCGUCAACUGGUCAUUCCAGGCGGGAAUCUGACGGCUCGACGAGCCCAGGAUCGACGGCUGUGAGAGGGCAUCGUUUGUUUGUAAUAAUAAUAAUAGAAUUAUUAUUUUAUCCCGCCCAGGUGAAGCAUUCAAA